AUCCGAGAUUUGUGUUACACUUUAGCGAAGAAAACGGCUUGUGUUUAAUCUACCUGUUGACAUUUUUUCUUUUUUUUUCUUUUGGUGACAUAGCUUCUUGCCAAUUUUUUUUUUGUGAAACAUAUAGAAUUUAUCAAGCUACAUUUUUGAAGAAAUGGGCGCUUAUCUAUCAGAGCCCGUUACUGAGAAAAUAUCCACGAAUGAGACGUCACCGAGAUUGUCUUAUGGCGCUUCGUCGAUGCAAGGAUGGCGGGUUUCUCAAGAGGAUGCUCACAACUGUAUUAUUAAUUAUGAUGAAAACACUUCAUUUUUUGCUGUCUAUGAUGGCCAUGGAGGAGCAGAGGUAGCUAAGUACUGUUCCAUGCACUUUCCAGAAUACCUUCGGUCUAUUCCAGAGUAUUCUAAUGGUAACAUGGCACACGCACUAGAAGAUGCCUUUCUAAAGUUUGAUGCUACUCUAACUGAGCCAGAAGUUGUUGCAGAGUUGAAACAUAUUGCAGGAGUUAGUGAUGCAUCAGAUUCUGAGCCAGAUGACACAGAAGCCUUACAUGAAGAAGCAGUAAUGCCCCUGGAGGACCUUCUUGCUCGUUAUAAAAGUCUACCACUUAGGUUAACACCACAAGUAAAAAGAAUUAGCCAUGAUAAACCACGUUCCCCUAUGUUACGUGCUAAGAAGUCUUCUUCAGAUGAAGAAGAUGACCCUCCAGAUAACUCCAUUGAUCAGGAAGAACCUGAAUGUAACUCGAAAGAUACCUCAUCAACUGAAAUUGAAAACAGAGUUUCAUCAUCAGAUGGAGAAGGAGAGAAGAAAAUUAACAAAAUAGAUAUGGAUUUCAAAAAUAAGUUGUUUAAUGGAGAAGAUAAAGUUGGUAGUUCUGAAUGUGAUAGCAUUGGGGAAUCUCCUAAGAAAGCCAAUAUUGUAGAUGUAGGAACUAAUAAUGAAGCUCAAAGUAAAUGUAAUGGUCCCUCAUCUUCAGUAGAUGAGCUGGACAGCAAAGAAACUGGAAACUCUACAUCUAAGAAAUCUCCUUCUGGGAAAGAUUGGACAUCAGAAUUAAAAGUUAAUAAAACAGAUGAUUGUGGAGAUAAUGAAGUGACUUGUAGUAGUAGCACAAAUAUCACUGGUAAUGGUUCUGUUGGCAGCAGCUCUAAUGGUGACACUAAGCCUAAGUUAAAUGAUCCAGAAGAUGAAGGUAGCUCAUGCACUACCACAAAUAAUGAGGCAGGGGGAUCUGGCUGUGACUCCAGUGUAGAUAAAGGUCAGCAGCUUUCAAGUGGAGAUCCUGAAAGCUCUGAUGAUGAUGAUGAGGAAGAGGAUGAAGAAUACAUGGAAUCAGAAAGUGAAGACUCUGUUGAUGAAAACGAAGAUGGGAGUGAUGACCAAGAUGAUGAUGAAGAAGGGGGAGAAUGCCAUGAAGACCAAACUAAUCCAGAAAUUACAUUGACAGACAAAGAACAACCAGGCACAGACAGUGGUUGUACAGCAGUUGUAGCUGUCAUCAAAGGCAAAGAGAUGUACAUAGCUAAUGCUGGUGAUUCUCGAUGUGUUGUCUCUCGCAAUGGUAAAGCAGUUGAUUUAUCUUUCGAUCAUAAACCAGAAGAUGAACCUGAGAGGAACAGAAUAGAAAUGGCAGGUGGACAUGUAACACCUGAUGGCAGAGUAAAUGGUGGCUUAAACCUUUCUAGAGCUAUUGGUGAUCAUGCCUACAAACAGGUGACUAAUCUGUCAGCCAAAGAACAGAUGAUUUCGGCUCUUCCAGAUAUACAGACCUUAACUAUUGAUCCUGAGCAAGAUGAGUUUAUGGUUUUAGCUUGUGAUGGAAUAUGGAAUUUCAUGUCUAGCCAAGAAGUGGUUGAUUUUAUUAAUGAAAGACUUACACCAGAAAAGCAACUAUCGAAGAUUUGUGAAGAGCUAUUUGAUCACUGCCUUGCACCAGAUACAAUGGGAGAUGGAACAGGUUGUGACAACAUGACAUGUAUUAUUGUCAAGUUUCACAGUCUUAUUUCACCCAUGUUGUCAUUAUGCAACAAGAGAAAAGCCACUCAAAAUGAUGACCUAAAGGAAGAUGCAGAGCAAAAGACAAAGAAAGCAAAAGUAGAUGUUUCAUCAUAAAUAUUUUUCCUUUUAUAAUUAAUUCACAUAUUUUAAUACAAAAAUUUAAGUUUGUCUUGUUUAACUACAUACUCAUGACUUCUCAGAGCACUUCUGGAAAUGCUGAAACUAAGCAUUAUGUUCAGUAUUUAUAUAUAAGCAAAAAAAAAGUAUUUAUUCUAAAAAAUGAAUGAAUUACUUUAAAAAAACCCAUCUCAUUUCACAUUGGUAAUUCACCCAAUGUAUUCCAUUUUCAUUCAAAUUAACUCACCUGUACAUAGGCAGAGCUCAGUUGCAUUUUCUUAGAAAAAAUUUGUUAUAGGCAUAAUUUUCAUAGGUUUUAGGAAUUUUGAAGGAUGAAAAGAAUACUUGGGUUUGGUAAAAAUGAACAAUACAAUUAAAAACUACUUUUUUAGUCAGAUGCAAAAACCGGAUGUAUUUUUUUCUUCUGAUUGAAUGUUUUUUUCUUGUUGAAGUUUAUUGUAUAUAUAAACUGCACAACAGUGUAUAUUAUUAAAGUUGAUUUGGUACUACCAUGUUAUAAUAAUGGGGUGGUAUUUUUAAGUAAAAUAAUAUGCACUUAUUUUUUUAAUCGGCAGUGCAGAACUAAUUUCAGUUGGCUAAAUUUAGCAUUAUUAUAUAAACAAUGUUAAAAUAUUUCAAUUUAUAUUUUUUAGCUUUUGAAAUUUAAAAAAAUUAAUAAAUCAGAAAUUAAAACUGUAAGAAUAGUAUUUUUCCCAUAGGUGAAUAAAAAAAAACAUACUUGUAUCUGUAUUCAUAAACUUCCUCCAGCACUGUUCAUGGGAAACAUUUGUUUAUAAUAAACUACUUCUUAAUAGAU